UUGCUCUAAAUUCAGUCUGGUUUCACAAGUCUUCCGUAUCCAACUUCCAAGUCAACUGGCGUGUUAAUCAGAGAAACUACAUGUUAUAUAGUGAAGAAACGAGAAAAUAAUUCAUACAAAUACGUUGUUUUAGUUUAGAAUAAUAGAUUCUUGUUUUUUUCCCUGUGAAUCGAGAAUUUGGAAUGGCUUCUGUCUCUCUGUUUGUUUUUUUUGCUCUCUCGCACCUCGUGCUGCUUCACUCAGCUGAAGAAGAAGAAAAGCGAGAAAACGAUUAUUGUCGGCACUUUCAAUGUGGAAAAUUAGGUAACAUUAGCUUCCCAUUCACCAAAAUCCCACCCCCAUUAUUCUCAUUUUGCCAUUUCAUGCAAGUAGACUGUGACGAAACACCCCCGAUGAUCCACUUGCCGUGGGCGUGGAGAGAGAGACAAUAUGAAGUUUUAAACAUCUCUUACACUACCACCACACAACACAUCCGUGUCAAGGACCAUUCGCUUUCGGAAUACUUGAAAUCCAAUAAAUGCCAUUACUUGGACCAUUUUGCUUUUCCCUCUCAUUUUUCUACUUUUAAACUCACCACACCCAGUCGGACCCUAUUCAAAUGCAAUCUUAAUAUUACUUCCCCUAGAAAUUUUAAAAAAAUGACCUGCAAACACUAUAACAUCUACUAUAGUCCUUCAAACGAGGCUUCUCAGAAUUUAUCUUCUGAAUGUUCAACUAUUCAGCUGCCAGUGAACGAGACUUCACAUAAAGAUGAACUGAAUUUAAUUGCUGAGUUCGACCUUGAAUUGCAUAUAUCUGAUGAUUGUAGCAGUUGUCAUGGUAAAGAAGGAAAAGAGAAUAAAAACAACAACAAAGUGGUGAUACCAUUAGCUGUUGGAUGCGCAGUCUUCUUCAUGAUUAUCUUGUUCUUUAUUUUCUGGCAACUUUACAAGAAAAGAAAUCCUUCUUCAAAAUUGCUAGCAAGGAAUACAUAUUCUGAUCCAUCCUCAAGAUCAGAAGUGGAGGGGUGGAGUGUCUACUUUAGAGUCCCUGUUUUCUCCUACAAUGAACUUGAAAAAGCUACCAAUAAUUUUCAUGUUGAGAAAGAACUUGGGAAUGGAGGAUUCGGAACUGUUUAUCAUGGCAAACUCCAUGAUGGGAGGGAAGUUGCAGUCAAGCGCUUAUAUGGGCACAACCAUAGACGAGUAGAGCAGUUCAUCAAUGAAGUUGAAAUCCUAACACGAUUGCGCCACAAGAAUCUUGUCUCCCUUUAUGGCUGCACUUCACGCAGCUGCCAUGAACUUCUUCUUGUGUAUGAAUACAUUCCCAAUGGCACCGUUGCUGAUCAUAUUCAAGGCCAUCAAGCUACACCAGGUUCACUCACAUGGCCAACUCGUAUGAGCAUUGCUAUAGAAACUGCUAGUGCAUUAGCUUACCUCCAUGCUUCUGAAAUCAUACAUCGCGACGUAAAGACUAACAACAUCCUUCUUGAUGACAAUUUCUGCGUCAAAGUUGCUGAUUUUGGGCUUUCCCGGCUGUUCCCUAACGAUCUCAGCCAUGUCUCAACAGCUCCUCAAGGGACACCAGGCUACGUUGACCCGGAAUAUGACCAAUGCUACCAGCUUACUAGUAAGAGUGAUGUCUACAGCUUUGGGGUUGUCCUCAUGGAGCUCAUAUCAUCACUGCCAGCCGUUGAUAUAUUUAGGCAAAAGCAUGAAAUCAAUUUGGCUGAUUUGGCUGUAAACAAGAUUGAAAACUGUGCAUUCCAUGAGUUGAUCGACCCACAUCUUGGAUUUGAGUCAGAUGAUGGAAUUAGAACAAUGACCAUUUUGGUGGCAAAGUUAGCUUUUCAAUGUCUACAACAGGACAAGGAAACGAGGCCUUCCAUGGAUGAGGUAUUGGAGGCUUUAAAGAAGAUUCAAAGUGGUAAGGAUGCGCAUGAGGAUCAAGAGAUGGCAUAUGAUGAUGCUGGGAUCCUUAAUGUGCAGCAACCAGUUUCACCCGAUCGUGAUGAGGUUCGAGUGUUAAGGAAUAAGCGGCUGCCAGUUUCAAUCGAGGAUGUAACCGAUUUUUGGACUAGUAGGCCUACUACACCUAAUAUCAGUGGUUGAAAUUUCAUUUUCUUUUCAAUGUUUUCAUCCACUUGUUUGGUUGUUCUUACUCAUAGAGGCAUAUUAUUGGUAUUUAGAUGUGAGGGAUGCACAAUUACCAAAAUACCUAAAAAUUUUGGUUCUUUGUUUGAUUCUGUGUUCUAUUUUUCGAAUAAAAAUCCUAUUUUGAGUGUCA